UGUGAAAUAACCUAACAUUCUUAAGUUGUGUUUUUUAAAACUUAAUUAUGGGCGAGUACGCCGAUUUAAUAAAUAAAAACAAAUUAAACGACGUCUUCAGUGAUCCUACGAAUUACAGUAAACCAAUUAAAGAAAUUCACGAGAAAUGGAAGUUAGUACCGGCCUUUCUGAAAGUGAAGGGUUUAGUAAAACAACACAUAGACUCAUUCAAUUACUUCAUAAAUGUCGAAAUAAAGAAGAUCGUAGAAGCGAACGCGAAAGUAACGUGCGACGCUGAUCCUCUAUUCUACCUUAAGUACGUAAAUGUUUAUGUUGGGACGCCUGAUGUCGACGAAGGUUUUAAUAUAAGUAAACCUGUUACACCACACGAAUGUAGAUUGCGCGAUAUGACUUAUUCGGCACCCAUCACCGUAGACAUAGAGUACGCGAGAGGAAACCAAAGAGUCGCCAAGACAGGGUUAUUAAUAGGCCGAAUGCCGAUAAUGUUACGUUCGUCUAAUUGCGUCUUGUCGAAUAAAUCCGAAUACGAGCUGGCAAAAAUGAACGAAUGUCCUCUUGAUCCGGGCGGGUACUUUGUCGUUAAAGGGCAGGAGAAGGUCAUAUUGAUUCAAGAGCAGCUGUUAAAAAAUCGGAUGAUUGUCGAAGAGUCAAAGUUCGGAAUUCAGUGCCAAGUGACCAGUUCGACGCACGAAAAGAAAUCGCGAACGAUAGUAUUCGUGAAAGGGACAAAGUAUUAUAUGGCACAUAACAGCUUUACUGAUCCCAUUCCUGUAUCAAUCAUAUUUAAAGCAAUGGGAAUUACAAGCGAUCAGGAAAUUUGCUCGUACGUCUGUCCUCAAGAUAUCAGUAAAUUCGCGCCCACCUUAGAAGAAUGCCACAAUUUGAAUAUUUACACAACAGAAAACGCCGUUAGGUAUCUCGGCACGAAACUGGUCGCCAAACGUUUCGUAACAUCCGCAACAAAAUAUAAGUCGCCGGCGGAUGAAGCGCGUGAUAUGCUAGCGACAACAGUUUUGGCUCACAUUCCCGUCGAACAAUACGAUUUUCAGACUAAAGCAAUUUAUUUAGCAUUAAUGGUGAAGCGAGUCAUAGAUGCACAAAAUAAUAAACAGGCAAUCGACGACCGCGAUUACUAUGGCAAUAAACGGUUGGAGUUGGCCGGCUCGUUACUAUCCCUUAUGUUUGAAGAUGUCUUCAAACGUUUCAAUUGGGAUUUAAAGUCGAUAGCGGAGAAGACGAUUCCGAAAAUACGGGCGAGCCAGUUUGACGUGAUCAAGUACAUGAGAUCGGAUUUAAUUACAAAUUGUCUCGUGUUUGCCAUAUCCACGGGAAAUUGGACUAUUAAACGUUUCCGGAUGGAACGUCAGGGUGUCACACAAGUUUUGUCCAGGUUAAGUUAUAUUUCCGCCUUAGGGAUGAUGACGAGAAUCAAUUCUCAGUUUGAGAAGACUAGGAAAGUGUCAGGACCACGUUCUCUACAACCCAGCCAGUGGGGUAUGCUGUGUCCAAGCGAUACACCUGAAGGAGAGGCAUGCGGACUGGUAAAAAACUUGGCGUUAAUGACGCACAUCACCACUGAAGGAGACGACUACCCUCUCAUUCGAUUAGCCAUGAAUACCGGUGUACGAAAUAUUAAUUUAAUUGGAGGAGAAUCUUUGCACUCAGCUGUUAAUUACAUAGUAUUUUUAAAUGGUAAUAUUUUGGGUGUGACCAAGGAGCAUAAGUAUCUACUAGAUUCGUUUCGUAUGUGGCGAAGAGCGGGAAAAAUUUCGCAAUACGUGUCGGUUUAUUUAAAUAAAAGUCAGCGGUGUAUCUACAUUAGUUCAGACGGUGGAAGGCUGUGUAGACCGUAUAUUAUCGUGAAAAAUGGUACACCGUUAGUAACAUCAAAGCAUAUAAGCGAUAUGGAGAAAGGCAUAGGAGUUAUUCGAAGUUUUGAGGACUUCAUCCAUCGAGGUUUGAUUGAAUUUCUGGACGUAAAUGAAGAAAAUGACAGUUUCAUUGCUUGCUAUGAGCACAAUAUCACAAUGCAAACGACACAUUUAGAGAUCGCAACUUUCACUCUGUUGGGAGUGUGUGCCGGUCUUAUUCCCUACCCUCAUCACAAUCAAUCGCCAAGAAACACCUACCAGUGUGCUAUGGGAAAACAAGCUAUGGGAACAAUCGGGUAUAAUCAACGAAAUCGCAUUGACACGUUACUCUACAGUUUGGUUUAUCCCCAACCGCCGAUCGUUAAGACUAAAACAAUAGAAAUGGUGCACUUCGACAAACUUCCCGCUGGACAAAACGCUACGGUGGCGGUAAUGAGUUACAGCGGUUACGACAUUGAAGACGCUUUAAUAGUAAAUAAAGCCUCAAUCGAUAGGGGCUUCGGGAGGUGCUUGGUGUACAGAAACGCGAAGUGUUUCUUAAAACGUUACGCCAAUCAAACAUUCGACAGAAUUCAGGGCCCAUUAAUCGAUCCCGUUAAUAACAAAGUGAUAUGGAAACAUAAAAUAUUAGACUCGGAUGGUAUCGUUGCGCCAGGAGAGUUAGUGGAAAAUCGACAGGUGCUUGUGAAUAAGUCGAUGCCAGUUAUAUCGACGGUUCCCGGAACAACUCCCGGCUCGAGUAAUGUGGAUUAUAAAGACGUCGCGGCGUCAUAUAGGAAUGUCGAACCAAGUUAUAUCGAAAAAGUCAUGGUGUCGACGAACGAAGAGGAUUCGGGGCUAAUUAAAAUUCUGCUGAGGCAGACGAGGCGGCCGGAAAUCGGCGAUAAAUUUAGUUCGAGGCAUGGUCAGAAGGGAGUGGUUGGGCUAGUGGUAGAGCAGGAAGAUAUGCCAUUCAACGAAUAUGGCAUUUGCCCGGACAUCAUCAUGAAUCCUCACGGUUUUCCAUCCCGUAUGACCGUGGGUAAGUUAAUCGAAUUGUUGGCGGGUAAAGCGGGGCUGGUUGAAGGUAAAUUUCAUUACGGUACUGCUUUCGAUGGGUCAAAGGUGGAGGACGUCAGCGCAGAAUUGGUUAAGCACGGUUUUAAUUAUCAGGGAAAGGAUGUGUUCUAUUCAGGAAUCACGGGUGAGCCUCUAGAGGCGUACAUUUAUUCUGGGCCAGUCUACUACCAGAAAUUGAAGCACAUGGUGCAAGAUAAAAUGCACGCAAGGGCGCGAGGACCCAGGGCUGUACUCACCAGACAACCGACGGAGGGUAGGAGUAGGGAUGGUGGUUUACGUUUAGGGGAGAUGGAACGUGAUUGUCUCAUUGGCUAUGGUGCAAGUAUGAUGUUAGUUGAACGUUUAAUGGUCUCUAGUGAUCAGUGCGAGGUGGAUAUAUGCAAUCAUUGUGGCCGGUUAGGCUAUUGUGGUUGGUGCAACAGCUGUAAAAGUUCCGGACACGUCUCGACCAUCACGAUGCCAUAUGCCUGUAAACUCUUACUCACAGAGCUUCAAGCUAUGAAUGUAACAGCAAGACUGACAUUAACACAUUAUUGUCAAUAGAAUUUAUUUAAUUGUUUUUACACUUGUACUCAAGUAUACGAGUUACUUUUA